AUGGAUUGCGAGAUCAAGAACGACGCCGUAGUUCUCAACGAGGACCUCGAGAUCUCGUUCCGACGCACCAUCCGCGUGCUCGACAACAAGCAGACCUCAAACCUUCCGCCGGACCUUGGAGCGUUCCCACUAUAUCCGGUCUCCAAAUAUGCGAAGACCCUGCCGGCCGACAUGACUAGCAAAGGCGGGGUGUUCCUGCCGAUGUAUCAUAAGUCCAAGCACGCUGCCCAGAUAGCAACUCCUUUCGCAAUCAAGAUCUAUGUCGGUGGUAUCAACGCAAUCUCUGGAGAGCCCGCUCUCGAAAACAUGGCUACCAAACUUCGCCGGGCAACGAUGAUGUCGAACAAGCAAGGCCGCCAUCUAUUGCAAGACUACAUUGUGGCUACUCAGUUGAAGCUCAGGCAGUUCGAGGUUACACCCAGCAAGGAGGCCAUGAAAUACCUGCAGAGAAAGCACUGGCAGGGCUUGAUUACAGUUCGGACGCCCCACGGCGAGUCUCUGACGUUCGACGUCGCUUCCUCUGAUACCAUGCUGUCCUUGAAGAAGUUGAUCAAGUCCGGCAAAUCCAUUGCGACGGAAGACCAGCGCCUGACUUACGGUGGGAAGAGCCUUGAUGACGCAAAGUGUUUUGAGGACUAUCGAAUUGAAAAGGGCAAUUCAAUCGCCCUGUCCUUCGUAGGAAAAACUAAAGAAGCCUUUCACCAGGCACAACAGGAUGAAUGGAAGGCGGCUAGGGAAGCACGUGAGCUAGCACAUGCUCUAAGGAGAGCUGCGCUGCUGAAGAAGCGUGAUCGCGAAGAGAUGGAAUCCUCCGGAAGCUGGAGCGGCACGGUCGUCGUUAAGACCAAGGCUGGAAAGCAAAUCCAGCUGGAAUUUGACUACGCAGACACGAUCGACGAUAUCAAGACCAGAAUAGAAUAUAAGGAAGGCAUUCCUCCGGACCAGCAGAGAUUGGUCUUCAAGGGAAGGCAAAUGGAUGAUGGUAAAACUAUGUCAGACUAUGGCGUGGCCACUGGCGAUACGAUUCACAUUUUUCUCCGACUCAGAGGUGGCGGGGGCGACCCUCUUGCUGAGCAAGCUGAUAGCGCUCAGAUGGGACUAGCUGCUGGCGGUCAGAUCAAACAAGUCAUCAAACGAGACGACUACGAUCCCUCUAAGUGGAUUCCUGCGUUGACAACUGUGUUCAACAUUCAGAUCCUCAAUACGAAUACCUUCCGAUCCGUCACCGGCGUUUCUGCCCCACCCACGCCAAUUACGAUGGAGACUUACGUCAAGCACGGUCUGCCCUUCUUUUCACUGGAUGAAUCCCCCUCCAGCGUUGCACGAGAGUUCAACCCUGUCAAAUCUGUCGCUGAGAUUGAUGAGAAGGAGACAGACUUGCAUCCACAGACCCUUGUCAACAUCCUGCCUAGCGCCACAAUCACGGAAGUUGAGAUAGGUCUCACCAAUCCGAACGGUCCAAUGAUUACCUUCCGCACGCGCAAGGAUCUGGAGGCAGAUGGUUACAACGUGGUCAAAUUCUGAUGGACGUCGCUGAUAGGGUUGAGUCACAGUGGCAGCUAGAUUAUACUGCAUCUUCAGGUAGUUCACUUCAACUCUAGUAGUCUCUUGGUGGCUAAGUCACUGCGAUGGCUCUAAGCUGGCAGUUUCUUUUCUACACUUCUUCACAUGUUUCAUCCUUGCGACUUCUCUUCAUUUCGAUCAGGAUGAAAUUGAGAACCUAGCAGUGAAAAAGGCCUUUACCUAUUGGUUUUCUAGUUCUGAAAGCUCAGGCAAGCUGCCGCUUAGUUCUCACUCAGAUCGAAAUGAAAACACUUGGAC